AUGGCGCGAAAGAACAAUGCCGAGCGAAUGGUUGCUCGAAAGAAGGCCGAGGCCGCCCAUUCUGAGCCCACCUUGAUUAAAACUUCUGUACGCGUUAUGGAAGAGAUGGCUCAGGUUGUUGCGGCCGAAGCGGGGACAGAAGUUGAACAACAGGUCAUUGAUGAACGGUUAAUUCCGAAGGAGCAGGGCAAAAAGCGUAGUGCCGAGGAAGAGGCUGGGUCAGAAAUUAGCCCUACUUCCAAACGGCCUCGUUUAGAAGAGUCAGACGUGGUUGCUCCUUUUAUUAUUCGGCCAAAGGUCAGUGAUAUGCCGAUCUCUUCUGAUGCUUCGACCAUUGAGGAUCCAGCCGUGGCGUUGAGCCUAGCGGCUUCAAUUUCUUUGCCAGCUGACAACAUAGCCUUUCGCGCCACGCUGGAUGUUAUGGUUGUAGCCCUAUCUACGCAGUCGGCGCUCCUGACGGUUGGCAGGAUCGCAGACCUAGGCCGCCGCCUGCAUGAUGACCUUAGCAGGAUUGAUCGUUUGCAAACGAAGGCGGACGGUCAAAAGAGUAGGGCCGAGUUUGAAGUGAUGAGAGCCGCAAUGGAGAGUGCGCAAGCUGAAGCAGAGAAGGAGAGGGCUCGCACAGCUGAACAGCUCUGCUCUGACGCCGAGAGUAGGGCAAAUGCGAGUGAAGAAUUGCUCAAGUUAGCCAAGGAGGCGCUUGCCGAGGUGGAGGUUCAGUUAGGGGAGCUCAAGGCGGCCAAGGAAAAAGCUGAUUCUGAGGCUUCUGCAGCAUUUGAGGCAGGAAGAAGCGCUGCCUACACGAAAUAUGACUAUGACGUAUUUCCCGAAGGCAUUCACGGGGCGGUGACGGGGCUUUAUACUGCCUAUGAAAUUGGCAAGCGGCUGUGCGCUGCCCGUUGGGAAUUGGAGAAGAAGGAGGAACGUAUCCGAAGUUUGGAGGCUCACGCGGAGGCGACUGAGCAUGAGUUAAGGAAGACCAGGGCGGCUCAGGCACAGUCCGCCGGGUAG